AAUUACUAUGUUAAUUGGUGGAAUUAUAUUCUAAUAUAAUUCACUACUCACAAAUGGAAUAACAUCCUGCAAAGAAACAAGAGGAGUUAAAUAUUUCCUAUUUCUCAGAAACAGCAGAGUGCCAGAAUAAACGAAACAAACAUCAAAAUAAAGAACAUUGUAACCAUGAAGCUUUUACUGAUAGUUUUUAUAUGCAUUAUGUCAAUAUGCAUCGUUAAUACUACUUGUCCGGAAUCAUGCCAGUGCAACAAAGAACAAACAGAAGUUUCAUGUGAGAGACAAUCUCUAACAUCAGUCCCUAAAUCAUUGCCGACAACUACAGAAUCUCUCAAAUUGGCUUAUAAUUUACUACGAGAAAUUACAGCAGAGUCUUUCAAAAAUUUAGUUAAACUGAAAAAACUGGUUUUAACAUCAAACAAAAUUUCAGUUAUCAGAAAAAAUAGUUUUAAAUACCAAUCCAAACUGGUCUCUCUUUACUUGAUCAACAAUAUCAUCCAUACCAUUGAAAAUGGUUCUUUUGUUGGGGCCAUUUCUUUAGCUAGUAUUUAUCUGAGUUCAAAUCAACUAAAAGAUGUUCCAUGUCUUUAUGGUUUAAUCUCAUUGAAACAUCUACUCAUAAAUACCAAUCAAAUUUCAGAAGUAUUCUUUCCUGCUGAAUAUAGGCAAAUAAAAAAUCUCACUUAUAUAAAUCUUUCUAAUAACAAAAUAAACCGUCUUACUGUUAAUUCUCUUAUAAAUUUAAAUGAGUCAAAUAUAAAGAGGAUCUCAUUUUCAAGAAAUCAAAUCACAAAUAUUGAACCAGAAACAUUUCGUGUCCUAAGUAACAUAAAUUCUUUGAAUCUUGCAGAAAACCCUUUCACAGCAGAUGUCCUUAAAAACUCUCUCUAUGCAAUGAGAAAUUUUAACCUUCGCUCUUUGGAUCUUUCUGGAUUAAAAAAGAUAAAUGUUCUUGCAGAUAACAUAUUUGAAGCAUUACAAAAUACUUCCCUUCAAACACUAAUCUUAAGUCAUAGUAACAUCUCACGUGUCAGCAGCAACACAUUCAAACUAUUAGAUUCUCUUGAAGUUCUGAAGCUAGAUUUUUGUCAAAUUGCCAGUUUAGAAGAAUCUACAUUCACAAAUUUGACUCAUUUAAGAAGGCUCUUUCUGAAUGGCAAUUACAUAUCUAAGCUAACAGCAGUUUUCCCAUCGAAACUACUUUAUUUGUACCUGAACAGUAAUAAGAUUCAGAAAGUCCCAAGCAAAGUUUUUGAUGAGCUGUUUCAUUUGAUAGAACUUCACCUACAGUACAAUAAAAUUGUACAGUUCGACAAAGACGCAUUUAUAGGCCUGGAGAAUCUCAAGACUUUGAAGUUACAACACAAUCAUAUUAAUGUUAUUCCAGGUGGUUUAUUUUCUACAUUGGCUGGUCUGUCAGAUUUACAACUUGGUUCCAAUGACAUAACUACUAUACCUGAAGAAAUUUUCAUCAGACUAAAAUCCCUGAGUUUUCUGGAUCUAUCCAAUAAUCAUAUUUCCAAGAUGCCCAAAAGUUUUUCAAAAGAGUUAACUCGAAUAAGAAAAUUAUAUUUAGAUUCUAACAAACUUGGGAAAUUCUUAUCUACUGACAAAAAGGGCUUCCUGCUGAGUGGUCUUAAAAAUUUGGAAAGAAUUGAUUUAUCUUAUAAUGAAAUUCAAGGCCAUUUGUCUAAGAAAAUCUUUCAAAACAAUAAACAUCUGAAAUAUAUCUAUUUCAGGGGAAAUAAAAUUACUGGAUGGGAAAACAACACAUUUGAGGUAACAAAUUUAACACUGAUGGAACUUGAUGUCAGUAAUAACUUCAUAAUUACUUUUGAUAGUGAUUCUUUAAAGUAUAUAAACAGGAAGAAAAAGUUCAACAUUACUUUGAACCCAUUUGCAUGUGACUGCAAUCUUCGUUGGUUCAGGGACUGGUUAAAUACUACAACAGUAGAUAUUGUAGACAAAAACGACUUGAUGUGCAACAGUCCUCCAGAUUGGCAGGGCAAGAAAUUACUUGAUUUCAGUCGGUCAAAGAUAGAUUGUACUGACUAUACGCUUUACUAUAUCUUAGCUGGUGGAGGUGGAGGUUUUCUCUUAACUGUUGUCAUAGUUAUAUUUGCAUACACUAAACGUUGGUACAUCAAAUUUAAGAUGUUUAAACUUUAUCAGUAUGUACAGAAAUCAGGCAAUGAAAAAGAGUAUGAAGCUAUACCUGGAGAUGACAUGUAUUUCGAUGGGUACAUCAGUUACUCUGACAAAGAUAGUGAAUGGGUUGAAAAGUAUUUGAUGCACACGUUUGAUAAUGGAGAAAAUGGAGAAAAUAAGAACAAUGGAAACUUUAAACUUUGCUUUCGAAACAGGGACUUUGCUUAUGGAAAAUAUAUUAUUGGAAUGAUAGAAAGUUCUCUGGCUGUGAGUAAGAAAAUGAUAGUGGUUCUAACACCAUAUUAUAAAAAGGACAAGAGAUGUGAAUUUGAAUUGCAACUUGGUAUUAUGAAGCUUAAUAUAAGGAAUGUGAUGCCUAUUGUGCUCAAAAACUUACAACCAAAUCAGAUUCCCAAUAGUCUGAAAGAAAUCUUUGAAACAAAUAAAUUUAUUGAAUGGGACAAUAAUGAGUAUGCUACAAAUUUUAUAAAACGUAAACUGGAAAAUUUCCUUAAUGAACAGAACCUCCUCUGUGUAAAACAUAGGUCCUCAACAUAUAACUUCCAAGUCCUUCUCUUAUCCUGUGUAAUUGUUUUCUCUAUUGGCAUGCCUAGAAGAACGUCAUCAGUCACUGAGACAGAGAAAUUCCUUCCUUGUCUAUUGAAACAGGUAGAAACAAACAUCAAAAUAAAGAACAUUGUAACCAUGAAGCUUUUACUGAUAGUUUUUAUAUGCAUUAUGUCAAUAUGCAUCGUUAAUACUACUUGUCCGGAAUCAUGCCAGUGCAACAAAGAACAAACAAAAGUUUCAUGUAAGAGACAAUCUCUAACAUCAGUCCCUAAAUCAUUGCCGACAACUACAGAAGUUCUCUCAUUGGAAUAUAAUUUACUACGAGAAAUUACAGCAGAGUCUUUCAAAAAUUUAGUUAAACUGAAAGAACUGGUUUUAACAUCAAACAAAAUUUCAGUUAUCAGAAAAAAUAGUUUUAAAUACCAAUCCAAACUGGUCUCUCUUUACUUGAUCAACAAUAUCAUCCAUACCAUUGAAAAUGGUUCUUUUGUUGGGGCCAUUUCUUUAGCUAGUAUUUAUCUGAAUUCAAAUCAACUAAAAGAUGUUCCAUGUCUUUAUGGUUUAAUCUCAUUGAAACAUCUACUCAUAAAUACCAAUCAAAUUUCAGAAGUAUUCUUUCCUGCUGAAUAUAGGCAAAUAAAAAAUCUCACUUAUAUAAAUCUUUCUAAUAACAAAAUAAACCGUCUUACUGUUAAUUCUCUUAUGAAUUUAAAUGAGUCAAAUAUAAAGAAGAUCUCAUUUUCAAGAAAUCAAAUCACAAAUAUUGAACCAGAAACAUUUCGUGUCCUAAGUAACAUAAAUUCUUUGAAUCUUGCAGAAAACCCUUUCACAGCAGAUGUCCUUAAAAACUCUCUCUAUGCAAUGAGAAAUUUUAACCUUCGCUCUUUGGAUCUUUCUGGAUUAAAAAAGAUAAAUGUUCUUGCAGAUAACAUAUUUGAAGCAUUACAAAAUACUUCCCUUCAAACACUAAUCUUAAGUCAUAGUAACAUCUCACGUGUCAGCAGCAACACAUUCAAACUAUUAGAUUCUCUUGAAGUUCUGAAGCUAGAUUUUUGUCAAAUUGCCAGUUUAGAAGAAUCUACAUUCACAAAUUUGACUCAUUUAAGAAGGCUCUUUCUGAAUGGCAAUUACAUAUCUAAGCUAACAGCAGUUUUCCCAUCGAAACUACUUUAUUUGUACCUGAACAGUAAUAAGAUUCAGAAAGUCCCAAGCAAAGUUUUUGAUGAGCUGUUUCAUUUGAUAGAACUUCACCUACAGUACAAUAAAAUUGUACAGUUCGACAAAGACGCAUUUAUAGGCCUGGAGAAUCUCAAGACUUUGAAGUUACAACACAAUCAUAUUAAUGUUAUUCCAGGUGGUUUAUUUUCUACAUUGGCUGGUCUGUCAGAUUUACAACUUGGUUCCAAUGACAUAACUACUAUACCUGAAGAAAUUUUCAUCAGACUAAAAUCCCUGAGUUUUCUGGAUCUAUCCAAUAAUCAUAUUUCCAAGAUGCCCAAAAGUUUUUCAAAAGAGUUAACUCGAAUAAGAAAAUUAUAUUUAGAUUCUAACAAACUUGGGAAAUUCUUAUCUACUGACAAAAAGGGCUUCCUGCUGAGUGGUCUUAAAAAUUUGGAAAGAAUUGAUUUAUCUUAUAAUGAAAUUCAAGGCCAUUUGUCUAAGAAAAUCUUUCAAAACAAUAAACAUCUGAAAUAUAUCUAUUUCAGGGGAAAUAAAAUUACUGGAUGGGAAAACAACACAUUUGAGGUAACAAAUUUAACACUGAUGGAACUUGAUGUCAGUAAUAACUUCAUAAUUACUUUUGAUAGUGAUUCUUUAAAGUAUAUAAACAGGAAGAAAAAGUUCAACAUUACUUUGAACCCAUUUGCAUGUGACUGCAAUCUUCGUUGGUUCAGGGACUGGUUAAAUACUACAACAGUAGAUAUUGUAGACAAAAACGACUUGAUGUGCAACAGUCCUCCAGAUUGGCAGGGCAAGAAAUUACUUGAUUUCAGUCGGUCAAAGAUAGAUUGUACUGACUAUACGCUUUACUAUAUCUUAGCUGGUGGAGGUGGAGGUUUUCUCUUAACUGUUGUCAUAGUUAUAUUUGCAUACACUAAACGUUGGUACAUCAAAUUUAAGAUGUUUAAACUUUAUCAGUAUGUACAGAAAUCAGGCAAUGAAAAAGAGUAUGAAGCUAUACCUGGAGAUGACAUGUAUUUCGAUGGGUACAUCAGUUACUCUGACAAAGAUAGUGAAUGGGUUGAAAAGUAUUUGAUGCACACGUUUGAUAAUGGAGAAAAUGGAGAAAAUAAGAACAAUGGAAACUUUAAACUUUGCUUUCGAAACAGGGACUUUGCUUAUGGAAAAUAUAUUAUUGGAAUGAUAGAAAGUUCUCUGGCUGUGAGUAAGAAAAUGAUAGUGGUUCUAACACCAUAUUAUAAAAAGGACAAGAGAUGUGAAUUUGAAUUGCAACUUGGUAUUAUGAAGCUUAAUAUAAGGAAUGUGAUGCCUAUUGUGCUCAAAAACUUACAACCAAAUCAGAUUCCCAAUAGUCUGAAAGAAAUCUUUGAAACAAAUAAAUUUAUUGAAUGGGACAAUAAUGAGUAUGCUACAAAUUUUAUAAAACGUAAACUGGAAAAUUUCCUUAAUGAACAGAACCUCCUCUGUGUAAAACAUAGGCUCUCAACAUAUAACUUCCAAGUCCUUCUCUUAUCUUGUGUAAUUGUUUUCUCUAUUGGCAUCCCUAGAAGAAUGUCAUCAGUCACUGAGACAGAGAAAUUCCUUCCUUGCCUAUUGAAACAGGUAGAAACAAACAUCAAAAUAAAGAACAUUGUAACCAUGAAGCUUUUACUGAUAGUUUUUAUAUGCAUUAUGUCAAUAUGCAUCGUUAAUACUACUUGUCCGGAAUCAUGCCAGUGCAACAAAGAACAAACAGAAGUUUCAUGUGAGAGACAAUCUCUAACAUCAGUCCCUAAAUCAUUGCCGACAACUACAGAAUCUCUCAAAUUGGCUUAUAAUUUACUACGAGAAAUUACAGCAGAGUCUUUCAAAAAUUUAGUUAAACUGAAAAAACUGGUUUUAACAUCAAACAAAAUUUCAGUUAUCAGAAAAAAUAGUUUUAAAUACCAAUCCAAACUGGUCUCUCUUUACUUGAUCAACAAUAUCAUCCAUACCAUUGAAAAUGGUUCUUUUGUUGGGGCCAUUUCUUUAGCUAGUAUUUAUCUGAGUUCAAAUCAACUAAAAGAUGUUCCAUGUCUUUAUGGUUUAAUCUCAUUGAAACAUCUACUCAUAAAUACCAAUCAAAUUUCAGAAGUAUUCUUUCCUGCUGAAUAUAGGCAAAUAAAAAAUCUCACUUAUAUAAAUCUUUCUAAUAACAAAAUAAACCGUCUUACUGUUAAUUCUCUUAUAAAUUUAAAUGAGUCAAAUAUAAAGAGGAUCUCAUUUUCAAGAAAUCAAAUCACAAAUAUUGAACCAGAAACAUUUCGUGUCCUAAGUAACAUAAAUUCUUUGAAUCUUGCAGAAAACCCUUUCACAGCAGAUGUCCUUAAAAACUCUCUCUAUGCAAUGAGAAAUUUUAACCUUCGCUCUUUGGAUCUUUCUGGAUUAAAAAAGAUAAAUGUUCUUGCAGAUAACAUAUUUGAAGCAUUACAAAAUACUUCCCUUCAAACACUAAUCUUAAGUCAUAGUAACAUCUCACGUGUCAGCAGCAACACAUUCAAACUAUUAGAUUCUCUUGAAGUUCUGAAGCUAGAUUUUUGUCAAAUUGCCAGUUUAGAAGAAUCUACAUUCACAAAUUUGACUCAUUUAAGAAGGCUCUUUCUGAAUGGCAAUUACAUAUCUAAGCUAACAGCAGUUUUCCCAUCGAAACUACUUUAUUUGUACCUGAACAGUAAUAAGAUUCAGAAAGUCCCAAGCAAAGUUUUUGAUGAGCUGUUUCAUUUGAUAGAACUUCACCUACAGUACAAUAAAAUUGUACAGUUCGACAAAGACGCAUUUAUAGGCCUGGAGAAUCUCAAGACUUUGAAGUUACAACACAAUCAUAUUAAUGUUAUUCCAGGUGGUUUAUUUUCUACAUUGGCUGGUCUGUCAGAUUUACGACUUGGUUCCAAUGACAUAACUACUAUACCUGAAGAAAUUUUCAUCAGACUAAAAUCCCUGAGUAUUCUGGAUCUAUCCAAUAAUCAUAUUUCCAAGAUGCCCAAAAGUUUUUCAAAAGAGUUAACUCGAAUAAGAGAAUUAUAUUUAGAUUCUAACAAACUUGGGAAAUUCUUAUCUACUGACAAAAAGGGCUUCCUGCUGAGUGGUCUUAAAAAUUUGGAAAGAAUUGAUUUAUCUUAUAAUGAAAUUCAAGGCCAUUUGUCUAAGAAAAUCUUUCAAAACAAUAAACAUCUGAAAUAUAUCAAUUUCAAGGGAAAUAAAAUUACUGGAUGGGAAAACAACACAUUUGAGGUAACAAAUUUAACACUGAUGGAACUUGAUGUCAGUAAUAACUUCAUAAUUACUUUUGAUAGUGAUUCUUUAAAGUAUAUAAACAGAAAGAAAAAGUUCAACAUUACUUUGAACCCAUUUGCAUGUGACUGCAAUCUUCGUUGGUUCAGGGACUGGUUAAAUACUACAACAGUAGAUAUUGUAGACAAAAACGACUUGAUGUGCAACAGUCCUCCAGAUUGGCAGGGCAAGAAAUUACUUGAUUUCAGUCGGUCAAAGAUAGAUUGUACUGACUAUACGCUUUACUAUAUCUUAGCUGGUGGAGGUGGAGGUUUUCUCUUAACUGUUGUCAUAGUUAUAUUUGCAUACACUAAACGUUGGUACAUCAAAUUUAAGAUGUUUAAACUUUAUCAGUAUGUACAGAAAUCAGGCAAUGAAAAUGAGUGUGAAGCUGUACCUGGAGAUGACAUGUAUUUUGAUGGGUACAUCAGUUACUCUGACAAAGAUGGUGAAUGGGUUGAAAAGUAUUUGAUGCACACGUUUGAUAAUGGAGAAAAUGGAGAAAAUAAGAACAAUGGAAACUUUAAACUUUGCUUCCGAAACAGGGACUUUGCUUAUGGAAAAUAUAUUAUUGGAAUGAUAGAAAGUUCUCUGGCUGUGAGUAAGAAAAUGAUAGUGGUUCUAACACCAUAUUAUAAAAAAGACAAGAGAUGUGAAUUUGAAUUGCAACUUGGUAUUAUGAAGCUUAAUAUAAGAAAUGUGAUGCCUAUUGUGCUCAAAAACUUACAACCAAAUCAGAUUCCCAAUAGUCUGAAAGAAAUCUUUGAAACAAAUAAAUUUAUUGAAUGGGACAAUAAUGAGUAUGCUACAAAUUUUAUAAAACGUAAACUGGAAAAUUUCCUUAAUUAACAGAACCUCUAAAUAUAUAUAGUUCAUAACUAUUAAGUAUGUAUAUAUAUAUAUAUAUAU